AUGGAUCCACUUGACGACCUACUAACUCAACUUGAAGGUGUGGAAGACGAGGAACUGAAACCAAUAAGUCACAAAAAUGUUCCAAAAACUUUUGAUAUUAGAGAGGAGUCUCUCAAGGAAAUAGACAGAGAAUCAGCUCCUGCUGAGUCGAAUUCAGCUUUAACCUAUGGAGAAGAGGACAGUGAUAAUGAAGAAUUAUAUAUAAAAAGAGAGCUUUCUGAACAAGGUAAGUCAAUGCUCACAGGGCUCACAAAACCAUCAACAGAGGCAGUGACAGUUGGAAUUGUGCGAUUUGAUAAAUUUCAAAUUUCGAUUCGUAAUCCGAAAGUCAGUUCUACAAGUUUUGGAGCGUUCACAGCUGGAAUGAAGCUGGAAAAACUAUCCGAUCUAAAACCAACGUCUAACUUCAAAGAAGCCUGGUGUACGUUGGGAGUUAUUGUAGAGAAGGGAUUCAAGAAAAAGAGUGCGAACGGAAACGAUUUUUUGAUUUGGAAAUUACAUGAUUUGAAGGACUGCCAAACUCAACCUGUGAAACUUCUGAUGUUCGGAGAUGCCAUCAAGGAGCAUUGGGAAAUUAAACUUGGAUCUGUCAUUGGUCUGAUUUCUGCUCAGAUUGCGGAUGAUUCGACAGCAUCUGGCACAAAAAAGAAUGUUUCUGCCACAUUGAAAGUAGCAAAAUCGAGCAAUAUCAUUGAAAUCGGACAAUCUGCUCAUUAUGGGACUUGCAAGGGAACUCGCCAACAGGACGGACAACGAUGCAGUAAUUAUGUGAAUACAUCGUUGAGCGAAUUCUGUGUAUUCCACGUGAUGAGUGCGGCAAGGAAACUAUCCGCCAAACGAGGAGUUUUCAAUGCAGUAACUGGUGGUCCCAACGUCGGUGGCCUUUCAUUCAAUAAGAAACCAACGGCUUCAAAAUCUCAAACGCCAAUUCGAAAUGGAUUAAUCUCAUCUGGACUUUCCAGUGGAUCUCCAAUGCUUCGUGAUACGAUGCGUCCAGCUAACACUAACACACUGACCACGCCCACUACAGUAUUGAAGCAAAUUACCAAGGAAGAGGAGAAGUCGUCGUUUAACGAUAUGUUAAACCAAAGAAAAAAUACAUUUGCUGCUCGUCAAAUUCUGGCACUGAAAGUGAAAAAAGAAGGAGGAAGAGGCUCUGAAGGAAUGGAUGAUAUGAUAGACUUUUUGGCGAGCAAUGCUUCGGAUGAGAAACCGAAACAUUCGAGUUUUGGAGAAUUUCUCAAAGCGGACACUGAAAACGAAAAAGCCAAAGUUGUCGAUUUACGAUCUUCAAGUUCCACGUCAUCGCCAGGCGGAUCAAAACUAUGGACAAUGUCUCUUGCAGCAAAAAAGAAUGGACCAGUUGGACAUAAAGAUGCACAGGAACAUGCUGCAAGGCUUCGCGCAAUUGCUAUUCUAAAAGCGAAACGAAAGGAAGAGGAAGAGCUAAAAGCUAGUGGUGGUGUCAAACGGAAAGCAGUUGGAACACCGGACAGAUCACAACCAGAUGCCAAAAAAUCGAAAAGUGCCAGUCAGAAAAUGGAAGAAAUCAAAGCAUUGUUGGCAAGGAAAAGUAGUCACCAUCAAGAAGCUGAGAAGGCCGAACAUGACAAGCUUCAACGCCAUCUAACAGGAAUGGAAGAGCGAGAAAAAGUGGAAACAUUCACAUCGACCUGUAUGGAAGUCAAGAAUGUGAAAGUUGUUACUUGCAAUGAGUGCAAGUACACAUCCCAAUUCGCAUCUUCUGAUUGCAUCAAAAAAGAGCACAAACUGAUUCGGCACACCGCCGAUAAACGUUUCUUCAAAUGCGCUGGAUGCAAGAAACGAACGGUUUGCUUCGAAAUGAUGCCUGUCAAACAUUGUCCGCACUGCAAUGAAAACAAAUGGGAACGAGUGGCGAUGAAAGACGAGCGAAAAGUCGUUUUGGAAAGGGAGAACCUUCUGGUUCGCGGCGAAGAACGUCCAUUCGUCAGCUCAUAA